UGUGGAGGGAGAAAUCACGCACAUACUACAUUCGCAUACGGGGACGAGACACACUAAAAAUUACAUAUCUACAUAUCUAAAGCGCACUGAGAGGCUUAUAAUAGCGUGAAAGGUUAUAUUAGACGCACGAAUACACACAUUAUCAGCGUCGCACCGCUCACUUUAGGACCUUAGUACUGAUUUAUAUAUAUAUUUGUUGGAUGCAGCAUGGAGGAGCACACAGACGAUGGUGAUGAUAUCGCCGACGCGGAGCGGCAAGUACAUGCUGUAAACACACACCCUGUAGAUAACGAUGGCACAGAACACAUGGAUCUAAGAGACUCUGAAGCACCCACUACAGGUAUAGACCCAGAGGGUGAGAAUUCAUUGGCAGAUGGCGUGCCUGUGAUCUCGUUUGCUGAUAUUCUUAUUCCCACAUCUUCAAGCAUGCGGGAGGGCAGACACAGGAAUAUAGCUUCUGACAACGGUGCCACACGUACAGCAAGCGAUGCUAGUGCUUUUUCUCCUUCGACUACAGAUGCAAAUACUGGGGCAGCAAACGCACCGGUAAUUAUUGUGCAGCCUGCAGAUAGUAGGGAGUCUACAGCGCCCCAAAUCCCUGUUGUGCCUGGGGUUAUUAUCGAAGACGCGAGUUUGACCCCGCACUCACCUACACCGUCCCAGGCUGACUUUACACUACCCCAAGCACUGAUAGACCAGGUCUUGGCAAGCGAGAAUAGUAGAGAUUCGAGCGAUGGUACAAGUGGUGUUGAUAAUGGGUCAUACAUUGAUCGGGUGGCAGCAUUGUACCCACAUAUGACUGCGUGCGUAGGGGCUGGCGCUACUGUCAGUACAAUACUUAGUAAUUUGAGGAGCAUUGCAACUGAUUUGGAGAAGGAGAACGACCGCUGGUUGGUGGAGAGUGAAGCGGCGGAGGACGGUAUGGUCGUUGGUGAUUAUGUUUUUAUAGAAACCCUGUGUGGAUCUGUACGUUGA